AUGGGCUGCAACAUGUGUGUGGUCAAACGACCGGAGGAGCAGUACAGGAUCAUGUUCCAGCAGAAAGGCUGGAGUGACUCCCUGCGACCGAUGGACAGACAUGGAAACAUAAAGGUCAGAGGUCGGAGGCCCUCUCAGCUCCCACUGGACAAACCGCAAAACUCCCAGGAGCCUUUGCACCAAGCCGGGUCGGUCCGCAAGAGUCACAGGAGGAAAGGUACGUUAGUGUGCGGUGGUAGCGGUGUCGGCAGCGGCUCCAUCUACUCUGUUGCCAUGGUGGCCAUCCCCGACUGCGUCGACAACGCCACGCAGACGGACAUCAGCUUCCAGAACAUCGUGCCGCUGGGGAGGAGCAGAGGUCACCACCACCACGGCCGGGGAGGAGGCUCCUCCUCCCCUCCACCACCUCCACCCUCCCCUCCCCUCCCUCACCUCGGUGUACCAUAUGGGAUCAAUGAGUUUUGUGUGUUUGAGUACAACGACCCCGAUGACUACUUUGACGUCUCCAACCAUGAGGUGGACAGACAGGAGGACCUGGAGUACGAGGAGGUGGAGCUCUACAAAUCCAGUCAGCAGGAGAAGCUGGGUCUGACGGUCUGCUACAGGACCGACGACGAGGAGGAUCUCGGGAUUUAUGUUGGAGAGGUUAAUCCAAACAGCAUAGCAGCCAAAAAUGGACGCAUCAGAGAGGGCGACCGAAUCCUACAGAUCAACGGAGUGGAUAUCCAGAACAGAGAGGAGGCGGUGGCCAUUUUGACCCGAGAGGACAGCAUCAACUUCUCUCUGCUGCUGGCCAGGCCCGACAUAGAGAAUGACAACCCUGCUGGUCCAGAGGAGGACAUGGAGCUGACUCUGGAAGUGGGAGGUUUCCACACAAACCCUCGCGCCUCCUCCUGCUCCCUCACUUCUGCUAACCCGGCCAAUUAUUAUCGCCUCUAUCAGGGAGGAGGAGGAGGAGGAGGAGGAGGAGGAGGGCUGGCCUGCCCGGAGGAAGCAGGAAGUAGAGACGGCACAGGGGGCGAUGUGGAUGUGGAGGAGGAAGAGGAGGAGGAGGACGGGGAGGAAGGAGGGAGAGGAGAGAAGGAGGACAGGGACCCCCCGGUGCCCCUCCCUCCUCUGCUCAGCCUCGCCCCUCUGCUGUCCCACAGCCAGGAGCUGGACAGCGGCGUGGGCCGGACCGACGACAGCACCCGCUACGAGGAGUCGUCUGAACACGACCUGCUGGGAGAUCAGACCAGCGCCUGCAACACCAACACCACCAACACACCGGGCAGCACCAGGAAGUUCAGACCGGGACCCAGCCCCAGGCCCAGUCCUAGACCCAGCCCCGGCCUCGGGCCCAGCCCCGGGCACAGCCGAGGAGACACCACCCCUCCUUUCCUCCACCUGCGGGAGCUUCAGCUCAGCUCCGACUCCCUCCCCGGCCUGGACUGGACAGCCGGCCCCCACCACCAUCACCACCACAAGCACCACCACCACCACUAUAAGCCCGCUCUGACGAUGAUGAUGCCUGGCCUGACGGAGGAGGAGUGCCAGCGGUACCAGGAGCUGCUGGAGAUCAAGUGCCAGUUCGAGAAACGCAACGAAAAACAUCAGCGAGAAGCAGAGGUGAAAGACCAUGAGGAGAGAACGGAGGCGGGGGAUUCUUCCUCGUUGGUGGACGUCAACUGCAAUGCGACUCUGAGCGAGCACGAGAUGGCGCUGAUCGAGGAGGAGCUACGCCACCUGGAGUUCAAGUGUCGCAACAUCCUGCGGGCACAAAAGAUGCAGCAGCUCAGAGAGAGAUGUCUGAAAGCCUGGAUGAUGGAGGAGGAGACGGCGGCGGGCGGAGCGGGGCGACCAGGCCCUCCUGAAGCAGGUUCGGACAACGAUAACGAGGACAUGGACGAUAACGACCCUCAUCGUCACGAGCUGUCGGCCAUCAACGAGCUCCCGGAGCGAGAGCGGUCGGACGACAAAGACAGCACCAGCGCCUACAACACCGGCGGGGAGAGCUGCCGGAGCACGCCGCUGGUCAGCACCGAGCAGAUCCCGCCUCUCCAGGAAGAGGAGGACGAAGGUGGGAGGCGACUGAUGUCUCCGCCUCCUCUUCUCCCCCUCAGUCGCCUCCCACCUCUGAACUCCCCCCUCACCCCGCGGCCUCGUGGGCGGGAUCGAGACAGAGAGAGGCGCCACUCGAACCUCAGCUGCUCGUUCUCACCUGGCACUUACAGGAAGUACGAAACGGCCAAUGGAAACGUGGCACACGGCUCAAGCUCCACCCCCUGCACACCCUCCAAGUUCAGGUCUCUGACCAGAGAGGCGGGGUCAUCUUCAAGAAGAGGUGUGGCUGAUGGGGGGCGGGGCUCCAGAGCAGGCGGCGCUACCGACCGGCCUGGAGGAGGAAGUGCUGAGUCCAGUCCAUAUUUCAGCAGAAGACGCCAGAGCCACAACAAACCAUUAGAGCGCUACCAGAGCUGCAUGACCCUGCCCUCCGAGGGCCUGGUGGACCCGCUGGACCGAGUCCGAGACAGAGCGAGGGCCGAGGGCGAGGAGAGGGGGAUGGGCACGGGCAGCAGCGGCCCCGCCAGCCCCAGGAGUGUGAACAGCGCCCCCUGUGGUCUAGAGGGCCACUACGCAGGCGCCUCUCGGUUAGGACUGGCUUUACCGCUCGGGCUGACUCACUCAUCAUCGACUGCCUCACCGCAGCGCAUGGAGUGGAAGGUGAAGGUCCGGAGCGACGGCACUCGCUACGUGGCCAAGCGGCCCGUCAGGGAUCGACUCCUGAAGGCCCGAGCCAUGAAGAUCAGAGAGGAACGCAGCGGCAUGACGACCGACGACGACGCGGCCAGUGAGAUGAAACAGGGCCGAUACUGGAGUAAAGAGGAGAGGAAGCAGCAGCUGCUGAGAGCCAGAGAAUACCGACGAAGAAGAGAGUUCAUGAUGCAGAGCCGCCUGGACUACCUCAAAGGAGACAGGGACGCUUCAUCAUCAGCAGGAGGAGCUGAAGACCCCCGUUCAUCUCAGACCUCCCAGCUUCCCCCCCGACAGGACAACAACAUCCUGCUCCUGAGCCACAAGAAGAUCACCAAGAAGAGGAACCGUCGCAUCCUCGACAACUGGAUCACCAUCCAGGAGCUGCUGGCCCACGGCUCCAGGUCGCCGGACGGGAAGAAGAUAUACAACCCUCUGCUCUCUGUGACCACGGUGUGA